CCGGUGUCGGUGAUGGCUUGUACGCCAGUUCAGCAGCUCGAGCUAGAGUACGACCGUGUCAUGCGAAUAAGUGCCGAAGAAUUGGACCUCGAACCCGCAGUGUAUAUUCAUGAAGGGAGCGAGACAUUAUCCCAACUCCGAGAACUACUUGCGUUGCUUCCGGAUAUCGAGGAACUAUCUCCGAAAUGUGACAUUGAUUUAGCAGACGUUGGCGAAUCUGGGAUAUAUACUCCAGAAGAUGAGCGAAAAUGGCGAGCGAUCCUAAAGUACCAUCGAGCCAUCUUUCUCGGAGAUGGGAAUGCAGUUCCAGCUCCGGCGCGAGGCGUGAUCUGCGACCUGGAUGUCGGAGAGGCAAACCCUGUUGUGCAACGUCCCCGAUCUGUUGCGCCACACUUAUCAAUCAAAGUGUAUGAACUGCUGAAGAAGCUUUUGGAAACCCGACUCAUCGAGCACUCAGAAUCACCAUGGGCAUCACCCAUUGUGAUUGUCCUCAAGAAAAAUGGUGUGGAUAUUCGAAUGUGUGUCGACUACCGAAUUGUCAAUGGAUUCAUUACGUUGUCCAAUUAUCCUCUACCGUUGAUAUAUGAUCUGCUGGUUGGGUUUGAGGAUGUCAUGUGGUUUAUGAGUUUGGAUAUGGCGAGCGGCUUUUGGGUGGUCAAGAUGUCCGAAAGAGCAAAGCUAAUAUCGGCUUUUGUCUGCCCAUUUGGACAUUUUCAAUGGACUCGUAUGCCAUUCGGAAUCAAGAAUGCGCCAUUGAUAUAUCAUUCGGUUAUCAACAAUUGUCUAUGGGGAUUUGUGAGAUUGCCCCCGGAAGAAGAAGCAGAAGUCGAUCAAGAUGUCUUGGAUCUCCUAGGUUUGGACCCUACAGACAAUCAAGAAUAA